GUUCUGAUUAGCUGGUCGGAGUCAUUCUUUGCAUUUUUCCAACCUCGUAACACAAAGGAGCAGCCAUGUCGACGACGACGGUGACCGCAACCACCACUCAGGCGCAGCCGAUCACGGCCGAGACCAUCCUCCGCCUCUUCCCCGACAUCGACACCACCAGCGAGGCGCUGUCUGGCCACGAUGAGGAGCAGAUCCGCCUGAUGGACGAGGUGUGCAUUGUCACGGACGAGAACGAUGCGCCAAUUGGCACUGCCAGCAAGAAGAUUUGCCACCUGAUGACCAACAUCGACAAGGGCCUCCUGCACCGCGCCUUUUCAGUCUUCCUCUUCAACGACAAGAACGAGCUGCUCCUCCAGCAGCGCGCCUCGGAAAAGAUCACCUUCCCCGACAUGUGGACCAACACCUGCUGCUCCCACCCUCUGAGCAUUCCCACCGAGACCGGCGCCAACCUGGUUGACUCCAUUGCUGGAGCGAAGCGAGCGGCUCAGCGCAAGUUGGAACACGAGCUGGGCAUCAAGCCGGAGCAGGUUCCCUUUGAAGACUUUCACUUCCUGACUCGAAUCCACUACAAGGCUCCCAGCGACGGCAAAUGGGGCGAGCAUGAGAUCGACUACAUCCUCUUCAUCAAGGCCAACGUCGACGUCAACCCCAACCCCAACGAAGUCCAGGCCACCCAGUACGUUACCGCCGACGGCCUGAAGAAGCUCUUUGAGGACCCCAGCCUCAAGUUCACUCCCUGGUUCAAGCUCAUUUGCAACUCAAUGCUCUUUGAGUGGUGGGGGAGCCUUGAUUCCGGCCUGGAAAAGUACACAAACGAGCAGGAGAUUCGACGAAUGCUGUAAUUGGGGCUCUAUACGAAUACGACGGGAUGUAAUACGAAUAAGCGGGCGAAAUAGACAACUCCUUUGCGAGGGCUAUAUAAUGAUGGGAGAUGCUGCAUGUCAGGCCGCCGAGGCUGCACAGCCGAUGUGACGGCCAUUUUUUCCGCAAGUUACGAUGAUUGUUAGAUGUCCUAGAAGAAGAGUAGAAUUUAGAUACCAAAAUGCGAUGAUCAAGAUGCUAUGG